AUGUUCAAGAAGGGGAAGGAAUUGUCGUGGCGAAAGAGAAAAGCUGCACUGAAGCAAUUUCGUGAAGAUAUAUUGUUGGAACAAGUGAUUCGAAAACCAGAAGUUGGUGGUACUUUAACAACGGACGAUGGUGAUAGUGUGAAUGAAACAAGGAAUCAUGGAAAGUCUCUGAUGCUGAGCAUAGCACUUCCGGGAUCAAUACUGAAUAAUGCACAAAGUCCAGAGCUAAGAACCUAUCUUGCCGGACAGAUUGCGCGUUCGGCUGCGGUGUUCUGCGUCAAUGAGAUUGUUAUUUAUGAUGAAACAGCUCGAAUGAAACCACAGCAACGCGAAGAUUACUGCAACGGACAGUGGUGUCCAAAUCUGCCUGUUCACGGUGGCAAUGUAGAAUGUAACUUCCAUUUGGCAAAAAUCUUAGAAUUUAUGGAGUGCCCGCAGUACUUGCGGAAAGUCUUAUUUCCUCUUCAAAAGACAUUAAGAUAUGCAGGUAUUCUUAAUCCGCUAGAUUGUCCUCACCAUCUACGUGCAUCAGAUCUAAGCGUUCCUUACAGAGAAGGUGUUGUGCUGGAUAAACCUGUGAAAGCAGGUCGUGGACCUAUUUGUGACAUCGGCCUGUACAAGGAAGUUCAAAUUAAUGAAGAAGUUACACUUAAACCUGGAACUCGUGUUACUGUGAAAGUGUUGGAUAUUUAUUCGGAUAGAAAGCGAUAUCACGGAUGUUUGGUGAAUGCUCAACAAAUAAAAGAAAAAGCUGGAUUAUACUGGGGCUAUAAAGUCCGCAUUGCUUUAAGUCUUCACGAUGCAUUGAAUGCUGAGAAAUAUGAUGUUAUCAUCGGGACAUCAGAACGGGGGAAACCAGUGAGCAAAUUUGAAAUGCCAUUAUGUAAAAAGAACCGAAUUUUAGUCGUUUUUGGUGGACUAAAUGGCUUGGAGGCAGCCGUAGAAGCCGAUAAAAAUGUCUGUUGCUCAACUCCUGAAGAACUUUUUGAACAUUACCUAAAUGUUGUGCCUGGACAGGGAAGUCGAGUUAUCCGAACAGAAGAAGCCAUACCAAUUACUUUAGCCGCAUUGAGACCUGUAAUUUAUGUUGAUUUAUGA